UCAGUUCAUAUACUUAAUAUCACGGAACGGCAAACUUUUUACCGCGAACAAUUUUCAACAGUAUAAUUUUCAUUAAGAUUUUUAUUUUGUCAUUGUCCAUUGACAAAAAUAAAUGAUAUAAUAUAAAUUGUGAAUCAAUUUAUAAAAUAUUUAAAUAGUCUAAAUAAAUAUAGAAAACAGAAGAAAAAAAAAACCAUCAAAAAUCCCAUCUGAAAACAUUUGCAGUGGUUCAGUGAGAAAUUGGAGAAAAGAAAUAUGUAUAGAGUUUCGUGGAUACUUUCGACAUUUAAACUUCCAGAAAUUUCUACUUAAAAAUAAAUAAAACAAAUUUAUCUUCGAAUUUGUGUAUAACAAUACUUUUUCUGCAAUCAACCACGAAAGACAAAAUUACUUGAAAAAUCUGCUUUAGUGCUAAAUUUGAAAAAUAAAUUCAAAUGUUGCCAAAUAACAUCGGCAGCAGAACGACUUUUUGUGGGCAAUGAACAAACAAGGACUAUUCACAAAUUCUUUGUGCAAACACCAUUCAACUUUACGUAAUUACAAAAAACCCGCACAAGAAGAUGCUAAUUUUUUAUUAAAAAUCUUAUACUUUUAAUCAAUAGUGCACACAAAAAAUCCAGUGAAAUUGACCAAAAAAAGAAGUGAAUACAAGAAAAGAAAAGGACUGCAAGUGAAAAUUGCCUUGAUAAAAAACCAUGGGAAUAUAAUUCAUAAAUAAUUCAACUAUAAGUUACUCAAUAGAGAAAUUAUUGACUUUUUAUCAUCUCACAAGUGCCUUCUCCUAUAAGAGAUUGUGAACUUGAAAUACGUUGAAGCUCUCUCGUGUAUAGAGUUGAGACAUAAACCCAAGUGUGGUGAAUUUUAUAAUUUUCACAUUUUACAACCCAAGAUCUUUGUGUGAUUUUUAAUUUUAAAAUACGGUCAGUUGACCAGAUUAUAUUCCCUUUUAACUUUUUUAUUUUGGAAAAGUGCAUAUAAACAAACCAUAAAUCCAGCAAAAUGAGUGGAAAUCAGAGACAUGGCAGCCAGAGAGGCAUGGGAAAACUCAUGGAUAAAAUCAAGAAAAUAGCAACAGAUGCGGAUGAAUCUCAUCACGGAUAUCAACGAGUUGAGGCUGAGGAUGGGACACUGUCAACAUCGGGCACAUCCACGAGUUUAGACACAGUCUUGUUAGAUGCCACAGAUCCACUGAGUCAUCAGCCCACACGACAAAUAAGUCUCUCGCCAGCUGCCACCAAACAAAAGUCUUUUGGGACAAUCUUCGAGGAGAAUGAACUCGCGCGCUCAUUGAAACAAUUGCGAGCGGCUCAGAUUGCAGGUGACGACAAAGGGGUCGGUGACGAUAGCAGUGAAGACGACGAUUUCGAUGAGAGACGCAAUCAUUUUCAGAAAAGCCCUAAACCAAGUGGAGCUGUAAGUGACCACAAAAGUAUCCUCAAGGACCUCAAACAUAUCCGAGAAAACGAUCCAAGACGAGAAUUUCAGUCCAAAAAACAUGUCAGCCUGGACCUGAGGCAUACACGUUUCCUGGACAGUAUCCUCAAGGAAUCAUCAUCUGAUGAGGAAUUCAAAGACAACAGGAAACACUUUCAAGCCCGAAAGCAUCAAAGUUUAGAUCCCAAAGUCACUUUUAAGUUCGACAAGGAGCCAUCAACAAGUAGUGACGAUGACUACGAUGCCGAAGUGAAGAUUCUGAUUCGUGAGAAACGCUACGACAGCAACUCCAUUGUUAUAGAUCUUAAGGAUCUAUCCAGCGAAGACGAGGACUUAAUAGACACAAGAAAAAAUUUCCAACAGCAACGCCAAAUAAGUAUUCAAUCCCAAAAGAGUGCAAGGUACUUUGAAAUGGACGAAUUGAGGAAGAAGGAUGAAAAUCUACGUAAUACCAUCCCAUUUGUCCGACAAAUUACAGAAGAUGGAAAACCUAUGCUGGAGAUUUAUCGACCAACAACGAAUCCUAUCUACAUUUACACACAGGUUAGUACUUUUUUUUUAAAAAAAUUCAUGAUUUUAAAUGGGAUUGAAAUCUGUUUAAAAUGUGACUAAUUUGGACUUGAAUACUGAAGAUGACCAUUUUUGGAAAAUUAAAAAAAAAAAAUUUUAAAACGAUUUUGGAGGUUUAUAUGGACUUCAGACCUGAGGCUCAAUCAUAUGGUUUACUUUUUCUUAAUUUUGAUUAGUCAAGAUAUUUUGAAAAAUUUUUAUUUAGGGUUGCACAUUAAGGGUGAAUGAUUUAUUGGAUUUUGAAAAACACAUUUAAAAUUGCUUGUUAUUUAGGAUUUUGAGAAUUACUGUAACUGGACAAAGCUUCUAAUCUAAGGACCGCUAUAUUAUCAAAAUACAGAUAUUUUGAAAAUUGCAGUCAAAUAGUAUUUUCUCUUAUUUAAUUAAAGCUUACAAGUGUUUUAAACCUACAUGGGCUUGGGCUUAUGACUUAAAGUUUAGUCAUAUGCCUUAACUUCUCUAAUUUUUUAUCUGUCAAAUUAAAGACAAAAAUGACCUAUUGAAUUUUGAAAAAGCACUAAAAUUGCUUAUUAUUUAAGAUUUUGAGACCCUCGAUUAAGGAUUAUUAAUCAAUGAAAUUUUGAAAAAUCCCUAUUUUUUGUUUAGAAAAUCGAAACUUUCGAGAACUAGGCUAAGCCUCUAGUUUGAAGAUCUUGAAAUCAAUUUUGAGAAAGUAAACUUAUCCCCCUAAUUUAAUUAUAAACUUUAAUCUAAGCUUAUAAUUUUCAAUUUUGUUUUACAUUUUCAAAAAUACUUUAUUGAAAAACUUUGAAAAAAUUGUUUUUUCACAGAAUUUAAUUUUUAGCUUCAGAAAAUUCUUGCUAAAAGUUUUUUUUUUCUUUGAAAAAUGUAUUUUUUAAAUUUCUCUUGAAUCUUUUGAAAGAUUGAAUUUUCUCUUCGAUGAAAUUUAAUUUAAUUGAAGCAUCAUAAUUUCUUUAUCUGUAUUUUCCAUGAGAAUAAUUGAUUAUAAAUUCAUGCAAUAUAUACUUCAUCUCCUUAUUUUACGACAAAAAAGCUCCCCACUAUCAAUUUUUCCCCGGAGUGGGGGACUGAUUGAUAAUCCCUCCGUGAAUAAAUGAUGAGCUUAUUUGCUUCAAUAUCUCAAAAGUGGAGGAGGAAGUCACACUCACCCCAGAAUAUUUCCAUUAACCAUACAUAUAUAUAUGUAUAUUUACAAAUACCUCGUGUGAAUUGUAAAGACAAUAAAUUGCAUAAAAAAUAACGUCUUGGAGACGUCUCUUCUGCCCAGUUUCUCCAUCUUUUCUCUGCCUUCCUUUUCCCAAUACAGACAUAAUAAAGAACAGUAUGUAGUGCGUUUUUCCCUCAGAAACAACUCCGACCUUUUUGAUAUAAAACCCAGAGUUUCUUCAGCAAUCCCAUCAAAUAAUACCAAGUUAUUCCCAUGAAAUGUCUGUGCCUUCCAUCAGUGAACAGUGAAAAGUUUUAACUGAAAGUCCUUGCUAGGAUUUUUAGUUUUUUAGUGAAUAUUUUUUUUUCUUUUGCCCAAGAGUGUUUUUAGUGGUCAGUGAAAUAAACUUUAUAAAAGGAAAUAUUAUCCAGAAUUGCAGUUUUUGAAUUCUCUGUUGAUAAAGUGAAUUAUCAGAUUGAACUAGAAAAUUAAUGUGAUUAAGUUUCAUCAGUAAUCACGCUAAUUAGCUUAUUAUGAUCAUGAUCAUUUCAUGAUCACGCAAAUUGCUUCAUUUUCCAAGAAAAUUUCUCAAAUAUUUACAAAGUCAAGUUGCCUAUAAAAUCCAUUGAUAAAUUCGCAUUAGGAAUUCCCACUACGAAAGACAUUGAGAAAGGUCAGAAAUUCAGAUGUGACUCCCUUAAAAAUGAGCUUGCUACAAAAAAACCCACGAAAAAAAACCGCCAAUAAAUGAAUUAUAAUUGUUUAAUUUUUUUUUGUAUUCUUCGCACAACCAGAUUUUCACAUCUUUUUCUUCCUUCAACUUCACGCCUCCUUCCGGUAUAAUUCAAUUUAUACAAAUUUCCAAGUUGUUUUAUUUCUAUGGGGUUUUUUUCGCCGACAUAACCAGAUUUAUAAACAUUUUUUUUUCUGGAAGAUGUUACGGUAUUGAAGCACUUGGCAUAAAUUUUAAAUUUAGACUGUGAAAGAAUUAUCGCAAAAUUUGCGAUACUGGAGAUUUUUUUUUUCGAAACAAAUUACACUUUGCCAUUUCGUUGCUAUUGAAACAAAGAAUCAGAUGAUGAUAAAAUACGCACUUAGUGACGACGUUACCACUAUUAAUUUGACGUCAGUUACUUCUUGGAUGUGUCUUUUUGUACGACAAAAUUAAAGCGCAACAUCUAAGAAAGAGGAAGUGCUGGACAAAAAACUGCUUUAAAUUUAGCAAAAUAAAUGCUCAAUGAGAAAUCUCACAGAAAAGAAAAAUCCUUACUAAUUAAAGUUCUCUGCAGAUCGAUGAAAUGCAAUAAACGCUGAAAGGGGUAAAAUGAAAUGCAAGGCACUCAUUAACCCAGUUUCUGUUUGUUUUUCACACGAAUCACUCCACUAUUUAAAGUCACAAAUGCUAUCGAUUUUCCUUUUAGACACACAAAAUCAGUGUUUUUUUUAAAGUAAUAUAACGGCAGAAAUUUAAAAUUGACAAGAAAUUGAACGAAACUUCGUCAUAUGACAAUGUCAAAAUUCAAGUAGGAGGAGGUAGGGCUUAAAACAGGAGAUACAUUGAAAACUCUCACAUCAUUAAUUUUCACAUCAAUUUUUUCUAUUUGCUAUUUUGCAAUAAAAAUGAAUUUUAUUGAGAUUUUCACUAAUUUAGUGAUAUGAACUAGGCCCACGAAAACAUGUUUAAAUAUGUUAAAAUAGCAUUAAUGUGGUUGUUGAAAUUUAUUUGAAUUCAGCUAAUUAACAUGUUAAAAUUGCUCAUUAAUUUCUAUUUUAUCGUAGUUGAACAAGUAGUCUUUUGCACCAAAAUGUUUCUACUACAUUUUUUUAAUUUAUUAAUUGGGCUUUUUUCUCCUAUUUUUAAAAGGAAUUAAGGCUUAUCAUAAAGUAAUUUAGCUUCGCAAUUGGGUUUUUGCAGCUCGAUUGUAUUAUGAUAGGAUCGAGAUUAAUUUAAAAAUAAGAGACGAAGCCCAAUUUGAAAGCUGUUUCAAUUCAAAGGUGUCCCACUGCCCAUUACAGUGAUUUAGUGAUAAACUUGUAAAAAGUGAAACUUCGGGAGUAGUUCGUUAAGUUCCUUCAAAGGCGUUUUUAAAGAUUUUAUACAAGGUUUCUUUGCCUACAGCUCUUUCUGUUGGCUUUGGGGAUCAUUUUGCACGGCAUUUUAAAUAAAAUUACUCAUUUUUCCAGAGUUAUUUGCAAUCAAAAAUCUCACGCGCUAAGUUAAUAAAUAUUGAGCAAAUUUCUUGCAGAAUUUGUCCUGUAGGGGAAUUCUGCAACGAUAUGACAAAUUAUGGUGGUAAAUUUCGGAACAGGAUAACAUUAAAGACCAGUGAGCAUGAGUAUCAAAUCGAUGUUCCAAGAAGCUCUAUGAACCUCUCAGUAAUUGAUAUGAGUCGUAUUUUCAGUUUUCUCGAAUUUACCACAUAAAAAUUCGAAAUUUGAUAUAUGGCAUUGCCAUACGGUUACAGAAUUCCCCUACUUCGAACAUUUCAUAUUUUUCCUGUGGUCCUUUAACGAAUCUAAUGUGAUAGAAACAAUCGUAAUAAUAACGUGAUAGAAAGAGUAAUAUUUUCAAAAACAUAAAAGUUGAAUUCAAAUUUGACAAAAAAAAUUGACGCAUCUCAACGAUCUUAACGAAGAAAUGUGAAACGUGAGAUUUGAAUUCUUGACACAACUUUUUAAAUAAUAUAGAAAAUCCUAGAAAAAUCGGUAUUCGAGAUUUAAGAAAGCAAAUUUAUUCGAAAACCUAAGCGGCCGAAUUUAUAUUUGACUUUUGACAAGACAUUUAACGAAACUAAACUGAAGAUGAAAAAGAUGUAACCUAAGCUGAUAAAUUCGGAAAAGAUUAAUACCAUACUAAGCAGAUCGCGCACCAACUUGCUUUAAAUGGUUAAAUUUCAAUUUGAAAAGAAAUUAAACGAAACUGAAUGAAGAGCGAAACUUAAAGACGAAAUCGUACAGUUUCUUAGAAAAAAAAACACAUUAAUUUCUGAAUAAUCAAAAAAAAAAACAUAUAUUCAUAUAGGCAAACAGAUAUUAUUAAAACUUUAUCAGAUGAUUAUAAAUUAACUAAAUAAUUUAACGAAACCCAAAAAAGCAUAAAUAACGAAACAUCAAUAUUAUUAUACGACAUUAUAAAAAAUACAAGAUAAAAUUUUGAAAAACUAUUAAGGAAGAAUUUUACUAUUUUACUAUUAAGUAUGUUCGCCGCGAUAGCAGAACUAAUAUUAUUUUCACAUAAUUAUACUUGCUGCAAUAAAUUACAUGAUUAUACAUUAUGCCAAAUUCCACUUUUUUUUUUAAAUUCAAGACACUUAACGAAGAACAAAAUGAUCAAGUUGAAUAUACAAUUUUUCCAAAAAUACCAUGGAAUAUUUUGAAUUAAUUUGAACACGUUAAUUCAUCAUAAUACAUCAAUUUUCAUCAGGCGCUUUUUUGUUAAAUUACAGUUUGACAGUGAAUAAAAUGAAACUCAACGAAACACGAAAUGUUAAAAUGAGUAAGUAGGAAAAUUUCUCAAGAAAAAAAAAGAAA